CGGGAAUUGCCAAAGUAAAGUUGUCAUCUUCUCGGACGAGUCCCUUUCACUUGACCGUUCCUAUGGCAACAAAGCAACUUCGAGAAGUUUCAGAGCCGAGAAACAAAAAUCGCCUAGCGGUAACAAACGCGAAAAAACGUUCUUCCAAGCACAAGCAGCUGGUGGCUCUUCAUAGGUUUUCGUCUUGUCAAUUUCGCCAAGCAGUGCACUUCAUUCGUCGGGAUGGUGCACAAAGGAAAAAACAUGUUUGCGCGAGCAAAUGCGAACAAUACCGGUGUUGCCGAACCGCCGCCCCUUGUCGUCGACUCGACGACUGGCGGUCUCUUCCGGGAGCGACUUAUGACCCUGACGAACAAGUGGUUUUCGGAGGCCUCUCGAGCGUGGCUCGACAGCCUUAGCGUCUCCUUGCGAGAAGAAAACAAGAUCGAUGCGGCCGCUGCUUUGUCCGAGACCAGGGUGUUGAUCAAGGCCUUGGACGAUACCCUCGCGGAGGUCGAGUCGCUGCGCAAGACCUUCCGCGCAUAUCUCUACCGCAUGGACGCUAUGUUGGCACAGAAAUAAAUCUUUCUAGCACUGCGUUUUUAUUGAUUUUUUAUCAGGUGGUAGACAGAAAAACAAUCAAUGUCAUGCGCUUUAUCAACACAGAAAAAACUCAUGCAAAAAUCCAGAAGGAGGGUUCUGCGCUGUUGAGCCUCUUCCGCAGUGAACCACUGGUGCUUAUUACACGCGGAAUCGAAAGAAACCGUGAAUAAAUCAAUGAAGUACAACGCUACUGUGCUAGUGUCUUUCUGUGCUAUAUGCCAUGUCAAUGUGGAGGAGAUUGGAUACGCGACGUGGGAGAAGACGGCGCAGCACCGCUAUACGCACGCACUGCAGCUGGACUUUCUGAAGAAACUCGCUGACGACUUCCAUCGCGGGGCGCGUGUGGUGGAGACGUACCUGACCACCGGUGCAUGGAAUGCUUGCCCCGCUGUAUGGCAUGUGCCACCUGUCGCAAUGCAGCAGAAGACAUAAGGUGCAGUGGUCUUGAUGUUCUUGAUUUUCUAUGAAGCAAAGGAAAAAACUAAAACAAUAAGUGAUAGUGUCUGCGUGGUCGCACGGAAGAAUGAAAUAACAGGAGCAAGACACUUCCGGUAAAAAUCUGCUGGUUGGACAGUUUUUCAUAUGAUAAGUAGAGCAAAAGCAGGCCGUCGCGGAGCAGUACCGGGAAUUACGCGACAUGCACGGGACGGAGUUCCAGACUUUCCUUUUCGACAUGGCGGGAUUGGCGGAUCCCGAGGUGUUCAUCCUGGCUAGACCGUCGGAAUCCUACCUGCAGAUCGGAAAAAAGCUGGAAAAAAAGCUGAACAUCCAGCGCUCCGGGUUUUGGAUUGAACAGUUGAUGAAGAGGGAAUUCCACCGUCACGACGACGGGCGCAGAGCCGUUUAGUACGGGCGCGACGACGGUCUUCACGACGGCUACCCAAACCACUCUCGAGGAAAUGGUGAACUGCAGAUCAUUUAUUUACUUCAACGGAAGAAUAGUAAACAAGAACAACUGUUUAGUCAUACUGUGGAUGUGGUCUGAAGGAACAAGAGCGGACGUACAAGAACGAACGGAGCUGUGCGUCCAAGAUCGCACUGCGAGUGGGCGGAGAAUUGAAUGCUGUACGAUCGGAUGGCAAUGAUCCGAAAUGCUAUAGAACAAAAUUAAUGAAUGAAAACUCAACUGAAAAAUGAAAGUAGUAAGGAGAGUACCUGAACCUGGUUACGCGUUUUACACUUGAUUGAACUGAAAAUAUAUAUAUAACUAACUCUUUCGCCUGAACUGCUACAUCCGAUUGGGUUUGGAAAAUUGAUGAAAGCCAAAACCUGUAAGAAAGAUCAGAUUGAUAACCACCGAAGCCGAGACUUAGAUCGAUUGAUUUGACGCCGGUGUAUGAACGGGAAUGAACGCCAAGUCGGCUGGGGCUAACCCAGUCGGCUGGGGCAGCACAUCAAGAGUGCAACAAU